AUGGACGAAGCGAGCACCUCCGCGUCCGCCGGCGCGACGAGGCGCGCCUUCCCGCCGGCGAGAUCGGGAGUUUUCUAUAGGUUCACCCAGCAGAAUCUCCCAGCUUGGAAGCCAGCAAUGACACCUGGAUGUUUAAUAGCCAUGUUCUUGAUUAUUGGAAUCAUUUUCGUACCUUUUGGGCUUCUUUGUCUCCAAACUUCAAAUCAUGUUGCAGAAAUCAUUCACCGCUAUGAUGUUGACUGUGUGCCUAAUGCUUACAGAGGAAAUAGGCAAGCUUAUAUUAAGGACAGUUCAAUUUCAAAGAAUUGUACUCUGCAAGCGAAGGUUCUGGAGCACAUGAGAGCACCAAUUUAUGUUUAUUAUGAACUUGAGAAUUUCUAUCAGAAUCAUCGCAGGUAUGUCAAAAGUAGAAGUGAUAAACAGCUGCGUUUUGGGGCGAAAUACACAGCUGAGUCGUGCAGUCCUGUUCAAUGGGAUAAUAAUGGUUCCCCAAUUGUUCCCUGUGGCUUGAUUGCCUGGAGCUUAUUCAAUGAUACCUAUGAUUUUACUCGCGGGUCCAAGGAAAUAAAGGUCAACAGGAAAAACAUUUCAUGGAAGAGCGAUCGGGAGCACAAGUUUGGCAAAGAUGUGUUUCCCUCCAACUUUCAGAAUGGAACCUUGAUUGGAGGGGGAAAACUCGACCCUACUGUCCCACUGAGUGAGCAGGAAAAUCUUAUUGUGUGGAUGCGUACUGCUGCUCUUCCCAAGUUUCGAAAGCUCUAUGGUGUAAUUGAAGAUGAUCUACAUGCUGAUGAGACCAUAACUAUUCUCAUAGGAAAUAAUUACAACACCUACACGUUUGGUGGAAAGAAGAGCAUAGUUCUUUCAACUGCAUCCUGGCUAGGUGGCAAGAAUGACUUCCUUGGACAUGCUUAUAUUGUCACUGGUUCAUUGAGCAUCUUCAUAUCAAUUCUCUUUGCUCUGAUCCAUGUGAAGUACCCAAGGCCGCAAGGUGACCCUAAUCGCCUAUCCUGGAACAGGAAAAACGGCAAUGGCUAA